GGUCACACUGUAAGAAACGUUUCUGCUUGUCAUUUUGCUCUCAAUUUUUGCCGCAAAACGCUACGAAUUUCGCGAAAUAUAUAAUCGCCAGGCAGUAAACUCCCUCGAAAUCACAGAGCAGCCUGGCACCUAGCAAGCGGUGCACACAUUAUAGGAGUUCCCCAACCGAAAAUCGAGAAAAACAACAAACAUGCCGUCGCUGGAGGUGAGCGUAAACAAAGUGAUAGUGCAUCCGCUGGUCCUGCUGUCCGUGGUGGAUCACUUCAAUCGCAUGGGAAAGAUUGGCAACCAGAAGCGCGUCGUGGGCGUCCUUCUGGGCUGCUGGCGUUCUAAGGGCGUGCUAGACGUCUCCAACAGCUUUGCAGUGCCGUUUGAUGAGGAUGACAAGGACAAGUCAGUGUGGUUCCUGGACCACGACUACCUGGAGAACAUGUAUGGCAUGUUCAAGAAGGUUAACGCCAGGGAGCGCGUCGUGGGCUGGUACCACACGGGUCCCAAGCUCCACCAGAACGACAUUGCCAUCAAUGAGCUCAUCCGCCGCUACUGCCCCAACUCCGUGCUGGUGAUCAUCGACGCAAAGCCCAAGGACCUGGGCCUGCCCACCGAGGCGUACAUAUCCGUGGAGGAGGUCCAUGACGAUGGCUCGCCCACCAGCAAGACCUUCGAACACGUGCCCAGCGAGAUCGGUGCCGAGGAGGCUGAGGAAGUGGGCGUAGAGCAUCUGCUGCGAGACAUCAAGGACACCACGGUGGGCAGCCUCUCGCAGAAGAUCACCAACCAGCUGAUGGGUCUCAAGGGCUUGAACGCCCAGCUGCGCGACAUCAAGCAGUAUCUGCAGCGCGUGGGCGACGGCAAGAUGCCCAUCAAUCACCAGAUUGUGUACCAGCUGCAGGAUAUCUUCAACCUGCUGCCGGACAUCACCAACGACCAGUUCACCGGCACCAUGUACGUGAAGACCAACGACCAGAUGCUGGUCGUCUAUCUGGCCUCCAUGGUGCGUUCGAUCAUUGCGCUGCAUAACCUGAUCAACAACAAGCUGGCGAAUCGCGACGCCGAGGAGGGCAAGAGCGACAGCAAGGAUGCCAAGGAGAAGAAUAAGGAGAGCAAGGAUAAGGACAACAAGGAGACCAAGGAUGGCAAGAAGACGGAGGAGAAGGCCGACAAGGGCAAGGACGAGGGCAGCAAGGGGUCCCGGAAAUAGGAGCGGAAGAAGAAGCGCAAGCCUCGUCGGAAGCGAAAGAAGCAGACGCCGCCGGAUUAGCUGCUGCCUCCGAUCCGUAGGAACCGGGACCAGCGGCCUCCAAAAUAUACAGCGUCUCUACACUCGGCGUGGGUGUGCGCAAUGGCCUCCGAAAAUCAAACAUUGCUCCCAUUCAUCCAUCCCAUGAAUUCAAGCUCCCUGUUUAUUAUUUCGCCAGCUACGCGUAACUAACUAACGGCAAGUUUAUGUAAUUAAAAAUUAAAUAAUUUAAA